UCUAAUAACAAAAAAUUGUAGGGUUUAACUCAAAAACCCCAAAUUAAAUCCCCGCCAUCUCCUUUACACAACUCCCCCUUUCUCAUUCUCGUACAUACUGAAAAAAAUCACCAUUAAUUCACCUUAAAAAGCUUCCUUCUUUUCUAAAAAAUGUCUUCAAAGUCAAAAAAGAAAUCAUCCAAAACUCCAUUGUCAAACCUUAAAUCAUCUCAACUUCAAAACUGUAACAAUAACAACAAUUCUCCUUCUCCAUCAUUUUCUUCUCAAUCGUUUACUAAUCCCCCGUUUUCAGAAAAUGAUUUCCAGGAUAUUCUUCUACAAGCUUCCUCAAAGUUCCCAUCUUUCAUUACUAAAUCUGCUCUUAUUGCUCAAAUUUCUGAGUUUGAUUCUUCAACCCACCAAAAAGGGUGCAAAAUCUGGCUAUCUGAAUCCUCCAUGCUUUCUUCUUCCAUUUCUCCCGGUUCCCUUGUUUCGGUAUCACUUACUCCUGUUGGUCAAAAUUUGAUGAGUGGCUUCCCUCUGAGACCAUUGGCCGUAGAAUGCUGUGAACAGUUUGGAGUUGAUUGGGAUGGGGACUUGGACACCAAAGCAGGGAAUUAUUUUGCCUUUGCAACAGCGUUUCCUUCCAGUAAGCUUGUAAAGAAUGGAGUUCGAAUCUCGUCCUAUCUAUUGUACUCGCUGGGUUGUCCGGCCGCAGGGAGAUUUGUGUUUGUGCAACCUAUUCCGGGUGGAUCAUUGACUAGUUUAGCACAUAGCAACAGAAAGCUUCAUAGCUCUCCUCUGGAUUGCCCUUCCGUAAUACGCUGCCAGGAAUUAGACAUUAGAUUGCUACCUGUUAAAAGUUCCUCAGCAUUGAGUAUGAAUACGACUUUCCCAUCAAAAAUUUCGACAGACAUUAACCUGAAUUGUUGUGAAAAUGGCAGCGAUUCUUCCCCUCGGACACCCGCAUUGGAACGCUCAAGGCUGUGCUCUCCAAGUCCCGGCAAAUUCAGUUUGCUGGGAUCUGAAGAAUCUAUUUCUCAUGAUAAUAGCAUUAAACGACCCUUUUUUGAUGCAGUUGAGAUGCAAGAAAUCCUAGGAGAUAAAGAUGCGAGUAAACUUCUGCAGCGUACUGCUAUUUCCUGGUUAUGUUCUCGUGUUUUACUGUUCGGAAAUCUUGUGACGGUUCCAGUACUCUCCAGACUAUACCUUUUUGAAGUGGUAGGUUUGAAACGGCUGUCAUCUGAUACUACUGACAGCAUAGACAAAGAUUCUACCCCAACUUCUUUAGUUCAUUGUAAUGAUGAGGCAUUCAUCAUAGACCGUUCAACAAAAAUAAAUAUUCGUUUACAGUCAGAUUUGCCACUCCGGACUCCAAAUGAUAGUAUAUUGAUUAGUGGUGAAAUCAAAUCCAAGGAAGCUAACUUCAAAAGGGGUGAUGAAAUUUCAAAGUUGGGUGGACUAUUGAAGGAAUACUCACUUCUGCGAGACAUAAUUUCUGCUUCAGUGAAGAAUGCUUUGUCAAGUCUCGGUUUACGAACUACAAAAGGAGUGCUGCUUCAUGGACCACCAGGAACAGGAAAGACGUCCUUGGCUCAACUCUGUGCUCAUGAUGCUGGGGUUAACCUCUUUAAAGUGAAUGGGCCUGAGAUUGUCAGCCAACAUCAUGGGGAGAGUGAACAGGCACUCCAUGAUGUUUUUAAGACAGCCAGUGAAGCUUCCCCAGCUGUGGUUUUUAUUGAUGAACUGGAUGCCAUUGCACCAGCCAGGAAACAAGGCGGUGAAGAGCUAUCUCAGAGGAUGGUUGCAACACUACUGAAUUUAAUGGACGGAAUAAGUAGAACAAAUGCUGUUCUUGUUAUUGCUGCUACUAACAGGCUUGAGUGCAUUGAGCCCGCCCUUAGACGGCCCGGAAGACUAGAUAGAGAAGUUGAAAUCGGUGUCCCAUCACCAGAUCAACGACUUGAUAUAUUGACGACUCUUCUCGAUAAAAUGGAACACUCCCUUUCAUCUUCUCAAAUCCAGAAUCUUGCUGUGGUUACACAUGGCUUUGUCGGCGCUGAUUUGGCAGCACUAUCGAAUGAAGCAGCUAUGGUCUGCUUAAGGCGUUGUAUCCAAGCAGAGAAAUUUCUAGGUGAUCCGCAUUCUAACUCUACUCAUGAUCGAUCUAAUGUGAUGAAGGGAGGUAAUCAUGCAAGAGAUGACACAGAAUUGUUUACUAAGGAUCAUGAAAGUUCUUCGUCUUCAGAAGAUCUGAAGUCAAAUGUCUCAACCAAUUCUGUGCAAUUCCAUAGCUCUGGAGAAGCACUUGGACAUGACAACGGGAAACCGACAUCAGAUAGCUAUGAGUGUUGUUCCACAACAGAUUAUAUGUUGAAAAUAACCAUUGAAGAUUUUGAAAGGGCAAGAAUGAAGAUACGUCCUAGUGCUAUGCGUGAGGUUAUUCUUGAGGUUCCUAAGGUCAAGUGGGAAGAUGUAGGCGGGCAGGACGAGGUUAAGGCACAACUGAUGGAAGCUGUUGAAUGGCCUCAGAAGCACCAGGAUGCAUUCAAGCGAAUCGGGACUCGCCCACCUACGGGAGUGUUGAUGUUCGGCCCUCCAGGAUGCAGCAAAACUUUGAUGGCUCGUGCUGUAGCUUCUGAGGCUGGACUGAAUUUUCUGGCUGUCAAGGGGCCUGAACUAUUUAGCAAGUGGGUUGGUGAAUCAGAGAAGGCUGUAAGAUCUCUGUUUGCUAAAGCAAGGGCAAAUGCCCCAUCGAUAAUAUUUUUCGAUGAAAUAGACAGUCUUGCUGUGAUUCGUGGAAGGGAAAGUGAUGGUGUUUCAGUUGCAGAUAGGGUCAUGAGUCAACUGCUGGUUGAAUUGGACGGAUUGCAUGAAAGAGUUGCAGUUACUGUUAUUGCUGCGACAAACCGUCCUGACAAGAUUGAUUCUGCACUGCUUAGACCAGGGCGGUUUGAUCGGCUGCUAUAUGUUGGACCCCCUAGUACAUCUGAUCGUGUUGAUAUAUUCCAUAUUCAUUUGCGUAAAAUGCUUUGCGCUUCCGAUAUCAAUGUCAGAGAGCUAGCAGGUCUCACCGAAGGAUGCACUGGUGCUGAUAUAUCAUUGAUUUGCAGAGAAGCUGCAAUCUCAGCGAUUGCAGAAAAUCUAAACGCUUCAGAGAUUAAAAUGGAACAUUUGAAGAACGCAAUCCUUCAUGUACGACCAUCUGAGAUUCAACCGUAUCAAGAUUUGUCAGACCGGUUUCAACGGCUUGUAUGUUCCAAGUCUCAAUCAGAUAACAUUGCAAUCCAACGGCAGCUGAAUGGACCCAACGUGACAUCAUCCUGGAACCCGAUGAUGUGGAUUCACCGGCUCGCUUCUUGGUUCCACACUGGCUUUCCAUGGCGGAGCACAUCUUCUGACAGAUAACGAUAUUUUUCCUCACAAUAUGUCUUGUCUGGGGCGAGGCAAACUCAUACGAACGGAAUUUAAGAAGCAAGCUUAGAUGAUUAGGGUCGGACUGGCAUGCAACUGCCCUGACCCGACUCGGCCCGACGCUCGUAUUUUACUAAUUCACUUAACACAACACAAUUUGUCACGAGGCACUACAGACAUGGCUAAUGAGCAUCCCAACGCGACGCAAUUCUCGACAAAACACAACAUGACACUGCAUAGCAGGAUACGUUUUGACGUGUAACAUGACAUGAUUUCCAUGGCUAGAAUCGAGUGACGCUCGAAUCCCUAUGUGGGUGAUUGAUGUUAAGCUUGAGAGUGAAUUUGGAUUGAUUUGUCCUACAGCUAGGAUGGUCUAUUUGUAGGGUCCCUAUUGUCAAUAUUCACAUAUUUGGAAUUUGUAGCUUUAUUUUCACAUUUUUCAAAAUCCUCAUCAUUCAAUAUCUGUUUUUCUAGUGUUUAGGGGAUCAACUAUCAAGGAAUCAUUUAACCAUAUUUCAUGUCUCGUGUACGGUUCCGAUUAAAAGCUGCCAUUUUUCUAUUUAUCAAUCUCUUCCUACAGUAAAUAAAGAUAAAAGAAUAUAUAACAAUCAUGCACUCAUUAUUUCAUAUUCAUGGUAAAAUGAAUAAUGUUAUACUUUUACUAAUUUACAUUUGGCUAUU